AUGCCUGUUGCAACAAGGCAAAAUAAGAAAGGGAAAAAAGGAGGCGCCGUUUUUCGCUUUUGCACCAAAGCUUCCGUGUACACGCUUCUCGUUUGGAUUGUAAAUUGCUCCAAUUCGAGCCAAUAUGGUGAUAAUUCGUACAAUGUGAUGAACAAUAGCCUUGGAAAGGCCGUGGAUUCAAGAACUCUGAGGUUAUUAGCAGAAGCUUACGAGGAAGAUAUAGAACAAGAUGGUCCUAUAGUGUACGACGAGGAAGCUAUUGAACAGGAUGGACCAGCAGUAUACGAGGAAGCUAUUGAGCAAGAUGGACCCGUAGUGCACGAGGAAGAUAUAGAACAAGAUGGACCCGUAGUACACAACGAAGCUAUAGAACAGGAUGGACUUGUUGUACACAAUGAGGAAGCUAUAGAAGAAGAUGGAGAAACUUCAGGAGAAGUUGGAGCAGAAGAACAAGUUGUACAGAAAGCUCCUUCUCUAUCCUCACUAGAGGAAGAAGUUGUUCAUGCAGUUGCAGAGGAAGUUGCAGGAGCUAUAGAAGAAGAUGGAGAAACUUCAGGAGAAGUUGCAGAAGGAGAACAUGUUGUACAGAAAGCUCCAUCUGUACCUUCAGAACAAGAACAAGUUGUGCAAAAAGCUCCAUCUGUACCUUCAGCAGAAGAACAAGUUGCACUGCAAGUUCCAAAAAAUUUAGCAAAAGAAGAAAAAAUUGAAUAUAACGAUGAUGGAUCCAUACGUGUACGAUCUGUAGAUUUAAACGAACAACCAGAGUUAAUAAAGCGUUAUGAAGAAAGAAGGAUAAAUGUGCGUGAUAAUUUUAAACCAACAAUAACAUACAAUUUUGAAGAGGCAUUAAAACGUUGUAUUGCAUUCGACGCACGAAAACACGACAUCGAUGAAGACCCGGAUCCAUAUGGUGUAUUACAAAAAAAGAACAAAAGAACGGUGCAAACUGGAUAUUUGAGAAUGUAUCAAAACAAUUUUCGCAAUCUUCCAUACAUAGAUGAUUUAAAAAAUAAUGAAGAACUAGAAGGACCAUACCUAGAAAGAAAAUACGUACGCCCACAUCUAAGCCCUGCUCCACCAAGAACAACUGCUUUAACAAGAAACGUAGAAAGAAAAAUAAAUAAAGAAGAAGAUCAUGAGGAGGAGGAAGAAGUAGAAGAAGUAAAAGGAAAGAAAAAGAAAAGAAGAAGAUUCUGCUGCUUUUAA